UAAACUGUGUAAUGCAGUUAACACAUGCACCUUUCGCUGUAAAUUCAGGCUAAAAAUUCGUAUCAGUUUUUCGGAAAAAGAAAUAUUAUGGUUGUCGCAAAUUUUUACGCAAAACUUGUUAUGCAGUUGGGCGUGAGGCUGCUUCUACUGUGGACACCAGUACAAGCAUCAGUUCAGUGUCGCUGCUUUCCCGGGGAUGCAUGUUGGCCUAGCGCUGACGAGUGGAGUGCGCUAAACGUCACUUUGGGCGGGAAACUUAUUGUGACUGUGCCAACAGCGCAUCCAUGCUACGUCGGACACGCCUCCGAAUGUCUCAGCAUCAAAGCCAGUUAUAAAAAAGAGGACUACUUAAGUAGUAAACCGGGCAGUAUGCACUACUUCAACUGGGAAGAACUGAACGAUCAGCAAUGCCCACUGGAACACGAAGCACUAUCUAACGCCACGUGUCAACAGGGGCGUGUCCCGGCCUUCGCCGUGGACGCCCACACUGUCGACCACAUCCGCGCCGCCCUCCAUUUUGCCACGCAACACAACCUGCGUGUGGUCGUUAAGAGUACCGGCCAUGAUUAUCUGGGACGGAGUACGGCUGCCGGCGCGCUGAUGAUCUGGAUGAGAAACUUCCAGGGAGACAUCCAGACGAAAGCGUCCUUUAUGCCGUACGGCUGUAACGAUACGGUUUCUCGCAGUCCUGGUGCGGUUAUUACGGUUCCCGCUGGCAAAGUGUGGAAAGAUGUCUAUGAAACGAUUGAACGGGAAUUCAACCAUACCCAAUGGAUGGUGGGCGGGCACUGUCCAUCCAUCAGCGCCGUGGGCGGGUUCACUCUCGGCGGCGGGCACAGCAUCCUGAGUCCGGCGUGGGGUUUGGCCGUGGAGAACAUGCUGGAAGCAACGGUGGUGACCGCGGAUGGUCAGCAUCUGACCGCCAACGCCUGCCACAACCCGGACUUGUUUUUCGCGUUACGCGGAGGUGGUGGUGGCACGUUCGGCGUCGUCACAUCGGUUACCUACGAGCUGCAUCCGGUGCCGCACGGAUUCUGGUCGUACUCGUUCGUUGUGGUCAAUGCCAAUCCAACCGGGACCUUAACAGCCAGUCAACUGGAAAUAAUAGUGGAGGAACUGGCGGCAUACACAUUCACGAUGAUGUCAUUAGGAUGGGGCGGUUAUUUGAUGUAUAAUCCGAAAUUCGGCGCGAGCUUUUUGUUUCUUAUACCGGCAUUGAAAGCUGAACACACGGCUGGCGGAGUGGUACAGUGGUUGAUUGACAGUUUGGAGGAAAAACAGGCAGCAGCGGAAUUCGUCGUGGAACCAUUCGGUAACGCUUCGUUCUUCCAGCGUUUCCCCAGCUUUAAAGCAUGGAAAGCCUGGACGGAUACGCUCGGGAUCCUGGAUGAUUUCGAUGCAUCCGGGUUCCGCAUGAGUCUCGGUUCGCGCCUGAUCCCCGACUACAUUUAUGAGCCACAAUAUGUGGCAAAGAAAGUCGUGCUGGGUGCUUUGAAAAACGGUCUGGAAAACGGUUUCACCCUGGCCAUAGCCAGAGGAUAUGCGUCGGGAGAGAGAGAUGACCUUAUAAUGGAGACCGCAGUGACGCCAGCGUGGCGGAGGGCGGAUUUCUUGGCUGGUCUCUCCAUUCGUUGGAACGCGACAGCCACUCCCGCCGAAAUCGCAGCCAAACAGGCGGCGCUCAACAGCGGACUGCAGGUGUGGCGCGACGCGUUCCCCCAUGCGGGAGUGUACCUGAAUGAAAUCGGGUUGGAUGAGCCAAACUGGCAGGAAGCCGCGUGGGGUGAGCAUUACCCGAAAUUGCUUAAAAUCAAGCAACGAGUGGACCCAAACGGAGUCUUUCUCUGUCGAAUGUGCGUCUGCAGUGAAGGAUGGGAUUUGUCGGGACUGCGGACCUGCCGGGUGCGCCCAAAUUCCUAAAUAACGUUGGCUAUAGGCUUUUUUUGGUUUUGAGUUGGGUCGACUGAGUUCAUCUAUGCCUCCCUUGUGUUUUUUGAAUUAAACUUGAUCUUAGUUUAAUCUCUGGGAAAAUCUUUACUGUCCGAAAGUUUGAUUGUUUGCACCGCAGUUCACUACUCGUAUCACAAAAAAACUGGUGAGGAGAG